GGACCAAUUUGUGAGAUCCCUGUGUGUCUAUGGGUAUCGAAAUCCAUUAUUUCCGGGAAAAGUGACUUCUAGCUUUCUUCUCAUGUAUUCUCAUGUAUGAAUAUAGUAACUAGAUUCAGGUUAACAGCGGCUUGGGAGUAACAUGUGGUUCUUUGCUGUUUUUCUUCUGGUAUAUUUAGAUCUCACCUCCGUUAAAUAUGUCUAUGGGAGACUGGAGCUAACGCGGGUCAAUGCCUGUGGUAGAGAAAACUAGGGUUCUUGAGGCAAAAACGGCUGCUAUGAAAGACGUAGGAAAAUUUCUCCAGAAAUUUUACAAUUUAGUCAUCAAUUUAGCCAAAGAAGAUAAUAUAAGACUGCAAUGGCCGUUAACUGGUUAAAUAUGAACAAUAUAUUUCCGCUUCAAACCUCCUACGAAGGGAAUUUGGAAUUCCAGAUUCCAUAGGUGGUGUGAAUGAGUUCUAUUAAGUGCCAAUUCUAGGGGGUACAGCCCUGGUGUUCUUCUGUUGUUGUUUACACAGACACUGUGUUUUAAUCACUUCUAGGGGGUCUAAUUUCCAGGGGAUGGGCAAGUAUCGUUUUCAUCGCCAAUCCCCUCGCUACUACUAUGUCAUCUAUAUUGCAGGCUCCCCGGAUGUAGUUUAUGCCUCGUUUGUCACGCCAAUCCCCUCGCCACUACUAUGUCAUCUAUAUUGCAGGCUCCCCGGAUGUAGUUUAUGCCUCGUUAGUCAUCGCCAAUCCCCUCGCUACUACUGUGUCAUUUAUAUUGCAAGCUCCCCGGAUGUAGUUUAUGCCUCGUUUGUCACGCCAAUGCCCUCGCCACUACUAUGUCAUCUAUAUUGCAGGCUCCCCGGAUGUAGUUUAUGCCUCGUUAGUCAUCGCCAAUCCCCUCGCUACUACUAUGUCAUCUAUAUUGCAGGCUCCCCGGAUGUAGUUUAUGCCUCGUUUGUCACGCCAAUGCCCUCGCCACUACUAUGUCAUCUAUAUUGCAGGCUCUCCGGAUGUAGUUUAUGCCUCGUUUGUCACGCCAAUCCCCUCGCCACUACUAUGUCAUCUAUAUUGCAGGCUCCCCGGAUGUAGUUUAUGCCUCGUUUGUCAUCGCCAAUCCCCCCGCUACUACUGUGUCAUUUAUAUUGCAAGCUCCCCGGAUGUAGUUUAUGCCUCGUUUGUCACGCCAAUCCCCUCGCCACUACUAUGUCAUCUAUAUUGCAGGCUCCCCGGAUGUAGUUUAUGCCUCGUUUGUCAUCGCCAAUCCCCUCGCUACUACUAUGUCAUCUAUAUUGCAGGCUCCCCGGAUGUAGUUUAUGCCUCGUUUGUCAUCGCCAAUCCCCUCGCUACUACUAUGUCAUCUAUAUUGCAGGCUCCCCGGAUGUAGUUUAUGCCUCGUUUGUCACGCCAAUCCCCUCGCUACUACUAUGUCAUCUAUAUUGCAAGCUCCCCGGAUGUAGUUUAUGCCUCGUUUGUCAUCGCCAAUCCCCUCGCCACUACUAUGUCAUUUAUAUUGCAGGCUCCCCGGAUGUAGUUUAUGCCUCGUUUGUCACGCCAAUCCCCUCGCCACUACUAUGUCAUCAAAAUUGCAGGCUCCCCGGAUGUAGUUUAUGCCUCGUUUGUCAUCGCCAAUCCCCUCGCCACUACUAUGUCAUUUAUAUUGCAGGCUCCCCGGAUGUAGUUUAUGCCUCGUUUAACACGCCAAUCCCCUCGCCACUACUAUGUCAUCUAUAUUGCAGGCUCCCCGGAUGUAGUUUAUGCCUCGUUUGUCAUCGCCAAUCCCCUCGCUACUACUAUGUCAUCUAUAUUGCAAGCUCCCCGGAUGUAGUAUAUGCCUCGUUUGUCAUCGCCAAUGCCCUCGCCACUACUAUGUCAUUUAUAUUGCAGGCUCCCCGGAUGUAGUUUAUGCCUCGUUUGUCACGCCAAUCCCCUCGCCACUACUAUGUCAUCAAAAUUGCAGGCUCCCCGGAUGUAGUUUAUGCCUCGUUUGUCAUCGCCAAUCCCCUCGCUACUACUAUGUCAUCUAUAUUUCAGGCUCCCCGGAUGUGGUUUUUGCCUCGUUUGUCAUCGCCAAUGCCCUCGCCACUACUAUGUCAUUUAUAUUGCAGGCUCCCCGGAUGUAGUUUAUGCCUCGUUUGUCACGCCAAUCCCCUCGCCACUACUAUGUCAUCAAAAUUGCAGGCUCCCCGGAUGUAGUUUAUGCCUCGUUUGUCAUCGCCAAUCCCCUCGCUACUACUAUGUCAUUUAUAUUGCAGGCUCCCCGGAUGUAGUUUAUGCCUCGUUUGUCAUCGCCAAUCCCCUCGCCACUACUAUGUCAUCUAUAUUGCAGGCUCCCCGGAUGUAGUUUAUGCCUCAUUUGUCAUCGCCAAUCCCCUCGCUACUACUAUGUCAUCUAUAUUGCAGGCUCCCCGGAUGUAGUUUAUUCCUCGUUUGUCAUCGCCAAUCCCCUCGCUACUACUAUGUCAUCUAUAUUGCAAGCUCCCCGGAUGUAGUUUAUGCCUCAUUUGUCAUCGCCAAUCCCCUCGCUACUACUAUGUCAUCUAUAUUGCAGGCUCCCCGGAUGUAGUUUAUGCCUCGUUUGUCAUCGCCAAUCCCCUCGCCACUACUAUGUCAUUUAUAUUGCAGGCUCCCCGGAUGUAGUUUAUGCCUCGUUUGUCACGCCAAUCCCCUCGCCACUACUAUGUCAUUUAUAUUGCAGGCUCCCCGGAUGUAGUUUAUGCCUCGUUUGUCAUCGCCAAUCCCCUCGCUACUACUAUGUCAUCUAUAUUUCAGGCUCCCCGGAUGUGGUUUUUGCCUCUAGAUCAGGCGAGGACACCCAAGGGUGUGGAGCAAAAACAAGUCCAUGCGCAUCUAUUUCCAUGGCCGUGAGCCAUGCCAAGGAACCAGGAAGCAUUGUCUACAUCGACGGCACUGGGACAUCAACCGACCCUUAUACCUGUAUCAACGUGACGUCACAACAUCCGGGAAUUUAUGUGGAUAGGAGCAUGUCACUCAUUGGUUACCAGUCUCCUGUGUUGAUAAAGUGUGGACGCGGGCAGGAAUUAGCCUUUGAAGCAAAAGGUGGUCGCGAGACUGUUGUCACGCUGAUUGGCUUGGUGUUGCAUGACAGCGCAUUGCGAGUUGUGGACUCUUCUCUUGUUAUUGACAGCUGUCAAGUUAUGGGACGAAAGCAACUGAUAAACGUAACGCAAGACACUCAAUCGGUUCAAAUUGCAAUAUCGAACUCCACUUGUAUCAAUACGACAUCUUUUGUAUCAGUCAAAGUGAAGGCUAGUAACAAAUCUAGGAACAGUGUGAAGGUUAGAUUGACAAACUCGAGUGUUAUGGGGAUACAGGUCGUCUACCCAGUCAACCCUACGUCUAUCACAGGAUCCGCCCUUUUGGUCACAUCGGCCAACGCCCACCUUGUGCCUGCGCUGAUUACGAUCAGUAUCCAUGUCACGAACGUCUCCUUCUUCAACAACCAAUAUAAUCAUGAAUUUUCCGGUCUUAUUCACGUGGAUGCUCCUACAGGGGUCUGCGAUGUGGUGCUGAAUAAAGUGACAUUUGUUAAGACGUACACACGAAACUUCAUGGCUGACUGGGAGGGGGCUAUAAUCAAGAUUUCUGGAACCAAUAGGCUGAUAAUCAAUGUUAUAAACACCACAUCCAAAGACAAUCCAGAAACCCGAUUCUUCCACUUGCAACCGAACGGUACGGCAAGCGUGCACGUCAUUGAAAGUACCUUCACCGGCCAUAGAUAUGAUGGUAAUGGGGCGGUUUUAUACCUUGCCUCUUCUUUCAAUGCUGUUAUUGAAAUCGGUGGCACAAUCCUUAUGCAAAAUGGUGCUUUGGGUCGGGCGGGAGGAUGUCUCUAUUUACUUUCUAGUAUGGCGAUUAGUGUCUAUAUCUGGGGAUCAAGAUUUAUCGAUUCUAGGGCAGAGUAUUAUGGUGUAGCUGCCCUUGAUGCCUCCUCACUCACCGUAACAGUGAAUAACUCAGAGAUUGUUGGAAGCUCAAGCAGUGGACCUGGAGGCGUGUUUGGGAUUGGUGGUAGCACAGUCAAUUUCGCAAUAAUAAACUCUGUAAUAGCCAACAGCAUUGCCAAAGGCCCUGGGGGAGUUUUUACAUACUCGGCUAAUACACCCUUGCGCGUUAGCAUGCGGCUCGAAGGUGUUCGAAUUGAGAAUAGCAGUGCAGCUUUAGGUGGGAUAAUGAUGUUUAAUGGUAAGGUUGAGUUAUCAAUAACCUUAUCCGACACGACAUUCCUACACAGUUUUUCUCAAGGAGGAGGAGGCGCAAUUUACGCUGAAUGCUUAAAGAUCCACCUAACAUGCCAAAACGUUUCUGUCGUUAACUCUUCAACUGCAUAUGCUAACGCUUCGGGUGGAGCAUUCUAUCUGGGUGCAGACUACCAAAUGUUUUCGACAAUCAAUGACUCGACAUUUUUAAACACCAAUGCAUAUCUAGGAUCCGGUGGUGCGUUAACAUUAUCAAUUAAGACCUGCACAUAUAUCUGCCACACUGUCGCAAUCAGCAACACCACAUUUUCGUCGAGCCACGCCCAUUCAUCGGGCGGCGCAAUCUACGCUGAUAUGGAUCGCGCUGAUAUCUUCGUUGACAACUCCGUGUUUACGAACUGUAGCAGCAUAUCUUCUGGUGGCGCGAUGUAUUUACGAUUAUCUGGAGAAUCCAAUAUUACAUUAUCAUCGAGUACAUUUAAGAACAAUUCCUCCCCUCUGUCCCCCGGUGGUGCAGUUUACAUCCAAGUUUACGGCGACGAACUUGUUGAUCCCGGAUGCCUAGAAAAGGACUCCCAAGUUAUUGACUAUCGACGAUGGAAAUAUGCAACUGUCGUCAAAGUGAUUGACAGUGAUUUCCAUGACAAUGUUGCACUUGUCGGGGGCGCCUUAUAUCUUUAUGGGGGCGUUAUAUUAAUCAAACACUGCAACAUCUCUAAUAACUUUGCGUCGGACAGAAGCGGGCACGUAGAGGUAGAAGGAGAUUCCACUAGCGUGACAAUCUUGGAUUCGAAUUUCAGGCAGACCAAACAUUACAAGAUACAUGGCUCUCAUUUUUUUAUGAUCGUCACCUUUAUCUCAACACAAAGCGCGGGGCCAUUACUAUUUGCAAAUUCUACUCUGGACAUGAAUCUCGUCACACAAACUGGUGGUGAGGCGCAGACCGCGCUACGUGUGUCUAACGGGGGCCUUGUGAAAUUUAAAGAUUCUAAUAUAUAUUGCCCCUACGGAAGUAAACUGAAUGUUCUAAAUUACACAAACAACGUAACACAACAGAACUGCACUAUAUGGGUGACAGGAUUUCGGUUUGAUUGCAGCGCGUGCCCAGCAGGUCAGUACAGUCUACAGCGAGGCUAUACCAAUGGCAAUGGUCCGUAUGGUGAUUUCCAGUGUUGGGAGAAGUGCCCCGAUGGGGCAUCUUGUAGUGGGUUUAUCAAAGCGACGGAAGGUUAUUGGGGUUAUAAAGUUAAUGACUCAUUUUCACCAGAACUUGUGUUUACGCUCUGCCCCGUGGGAUACUGCGCUGCUCCUCCUCUUGACAGCGCAGUCUACAAUGCCUGUUUUAGGCACCGAUCCAGCACUCUGUGUGGCACGUGCAUUGAUGGCUACACGGAAACUCUGCUAUCACCGGACUGUAGGCCAAAGGGGGAGUGUAAGGACACGUGGUUUUGGGGCGUGGCCAUACUAUUUAUUCUACUCGCCGGCCUCUAUCUUAUUAAGAAGCCACCCGUGUUUAAGUUUCUAUGGAAACAAGUUUUCUGGUUUAAGACAACAAAUUCGCGUGAGCAGUCAUGCGUGACUCGUAACGUUGCCGACGAGACACGUUACAGUAAUGAUGUGACGCAUGGUGUGACACAGGAAAACUGCAGACAUCGUUGCGUGACGGAUGAUAAUGGCUAUUGCGUGACGGAUGAUAAUGGCUACCUGAAGAUCUUAUUCUACUUCUAUCAGGUGGGUAGUUUGUUAAUGGUGAAUUCAGCCUCAUGUCCCUUUGGCAGUAAUCAGCUUUUUCGGUUUCUUUUGGGGUUAUUCAAUCUACAGCUGCAUUUAGGCGGCUCGAACGGACUCUUAUGCCCAUUUCCCGGAAUCAACGCCGUGACCAAAGAGCUUUUGAUGGCCACGCAAGUGAUAGGGGUACUUGUCGCGGUCCCCCUGUGGUAUAUCGCCCAUCGUGCGUGGUGCACCGCAACCAAGCGCCCUCCACCGCCCACUGGGCCGUACCUCGGCGCUGCUUUGGAGACGAUGUUACUAGGCUAUGCCUCGUUAGCCACCACGUCCUUAAAGCUGUUGCAGUGUGUGCCUUUGUCAUCUGGGCGUCGGUUGUUUAUCCAGGGCGAGAUCCAAUGUUACCAGUGGUGGCAGUACUUGCUUUUAGGAUUUGUCUGCGUCCAUGUUGUCCCGUUUGUGCUAUUCCUUGCGUUUUGUGGCCGUUGGUUACAGAAAGGAACAGUCUCGGCCCCAGGGCUCGUGACCGGGUGCAUGAUACCCCUACCCUACCUUUGUUACCGACUGGUGCGGUACAUCUUUGAAAAGAACCAUCCUCACGCUGGAGGCAACACCCCUGAGGGUAGCCACACCCAUGAUGUUAGCAACAGCCGUAAUGGCCGCCACACCCCUGAGGGUGGCAAUAGCCCUGAGAGAAGUCACACCCAUGAUUGUAGCAACACCCCUGAGGGUGGCAAUACCCCUAGAGGAAGCCACACCCAUGAUGGUAGCAACACCCCUGAGGGUGGCAAUACCCCUGAGGGAAGCCACACCCAUGAUGGUAGCAAUACCCUUGAGGGUGGCAAUACCCCUGAGGGUGGCAAUAGCCCUGGUGGUAGCCACCUUUCUGAUGGUAACCACAACCACAUCCCUCAGACCCCUUCAUGGCAGCCGUUUGUCGAGAGAGUUCUCUAUGGCCCGUUCGUAUCGUCAGCCGAGUCCAAGUGGCCAAGUGACGUGAAAUACUGGGAGAGCGUCCUGAUUGGGCGCAGACUUUUGUUGAUCGUCAUUUAUGUGUCAAUCCAAGACGCUCUCGCUCGGCAAAUCGCUCUCACUUAUUGUUCUGUUCUGAUCCUAUUUCAUCAUUCCUUCGCACUUCCAUUCCGCGAGUUUAAAGCCAAUAUGGCCGAGGCUGUGUCUCUGCUUUGUCUUAUAACAAUUGGUUUUGUAAAUGUCAAGCCGGUCUGUCUCCUAAAUCAGUUCCUAAUUUCCUUGAUGCCUGCGUUGCUUGUACUCCUUACUUUAGUUGCUUUGUUGUCACAAGUAGCAAGGCUCAUUUGCUUCGCUCUUGCUUUACUUCGUUCAUGUUUCGUUCUAAACGAAGAGCGCCAGCCAUUGCUUGAAGUGACAAGUCACCAGGGAGAAGACUAAUGAGAAUCCAUCACACUUAGCAGGCAGUCUAGCCCCCUUCGCAGGCAUCUCAAGUGUUUUUGUACAGUAUUUGUUUUAAUUGAGCUUCCUGUGGCGAGUGGAACCGGAAGCUCCUGGGAUGCAACGCGUACGGUAACAGCAGAAAAAAAAAGAUAAUUCAGAGCCAGGCGUAAUGUCCUCCAAUUUACAAAAAGGAAACUCCAAGUAUCACUGUCCAACGAGAACGAGAAUGUGUGCGCUGAAAACCAGACUACCAUUGCUAUGAUAGAAAUAUAAUCUUCUAGGCGUCUAGAAGUGGAUUUUAUAGAUACUUUUGAAGUUUUCUUUUAAAGAAAAAACGUUGUAUUUGUAAUUGUAAACAAAGCAGCGGAACCAGAAGCUGCAUAAGUUGUAAUUUUAAAAUGAAAAAGAUUUUUGUAGUCAAUAGAAACCGCGUUUUCACUUCCCCGCGAGUCGCCUAUCACUGUACAAAUCUCUACAGAGAAAGAACGUGUAUUCCAAAUUCUAAAACUUGAUUGUUUUAAUAGUGUAAAUGUCUAUUUUUAUAGUGUGAAUCUAUUUUUAUAUUCCUGUCUAAGGAAGUUAUGUCAGCAAAAAAAAUUGCCCCAUUUCUCUA